AUGGAACACAGCAACAUUAGACCAGCUACAGACGACAUUCGUGCAUUACUCGAAACUCAACAGUCAACAACAGCAAAAGAAACUUUUCGAUUCGUCAAAGCAGCAGAAUAUUAUUGCAAAUUUAUACCCGGAUUUUCUACUAUUGCACAACCAUUACAUAAAUAUGCACCCACUGCAAAAGAACAACGAUCGCAAAAAUUACAAGCUACACUCAUUACAUUAUCGUAUGAUGAACUUCAUGUAUUUCGGAAUGUGAACGAUGGCAUUUAA